UCUGGGUUGUUUUGAUUUGACUACUACAACAUUCGACCGGCACUUUGGGCUAGCUUGCUCGCGUAUCGCCUUUCAGCUCCAGUUUGAGGAAGAUAUUGUUGAAUUUGGUUAUCAGCGGUCCUUGCGGGCCAUCCUUCUUAAUCUCACAUUACAUAUCUAUUACCCAAAUCGAGUAAUCAUGACUUCAGUGACUACCAAUCCUUCCACCCUUCUACCUCUAGAGUUGGUGGAUAAGUGUAUAGGAUCCCGAAUCCACAUAAUAAUGAAAAAUGAUAAGGAAAUAGUUGGCACUUUACUGGGAUUUGAUGACUUUGUAAACAUGCGAUUGGAAGAUGUCACAGAAUACGAGGCUACCCCCGAGGGAAGAAGAAUCACCAAAUUAGAUAAUAUUCUUCUGAAUGGCAACAACAUAACUAUGUUGGUGCCUGGUGGAGAAAUGCCGGAUGCAUGAUUAUAGGCCAAAAAAUUAUUCUUUGUCACUUUUUUUUUUACCAAUCAAUUCUUUCUGAACCUUGUACAGUAAAAUUACUUCUCUUACUUCAAGAAUAUGUUCUGUUCACUUAUUUAUAAAUAAUUAAAGGUAUAUGAACCAGG